AUGGGAAAAAAGAAAGGUGCUUCGAAAACCACGCUUGAACAGGAGUCCAAUGUUCCUCCAAUUUUGGAGAUUGGAUAUUCCGACCCCCUUUUCAGCAUGGCGGCUCAUCCAACAAAACCUAUAAUAAUGGCAGGUUUGGCGACUGGCCAUCUCUUUUGUCAUUCCUACGAUGCCGAGAGCCUAGAGGAAAAAGUGCAAGCAGCCAGAGAGAAGUUACAAGACUCUGGAAAAAAGGAUAAAAUCUCCCAAAUUUCCCAGCUCAAGAAGGCAUGGUGGAAGGUUGUUCCUGACCAUCUGAACAUUGAUGGUGCCGAUGGCAUUACUACAAACUGGAAAACGAAAAGACACAAGGGUUCAUGCCGUUCGGUGAUUUUUGACAUUAAUGAAAGCUCUGUUGGAGAGUCGAUUUACUCUGUUGGAAAAGAUCAUAUAAUCAAAAAAGCAGCGACGGAAACGGGAAGAGUGAUGGCAAAAACAACCAUUUCUGAGCAUUAUGACGAUUCGUCGGAUGCAAUCACGACUAUGGCUAUUUCCUCAACACAUCCCUUUUUGUUGGCGGGUACAGAAAACGGACUGGUGCUAGUAUUCGACAGCAACGAACUUUCAUCCAAUAAGUUGAAGUUCAAACUACCUGCAAUGCAUGAAGAUGCUGUGAAUAAGAUCCUUCCAAUGCCAGCAGUAUCUGCAUAUCACUACUUGAGUCUUGGCUCGACCACGUUGACGCAUUUAGACAUAAGAAAGGGAAUCAUCACCCAGUCAGACGACCAAGCAGACGAGCUUUUAUCCAUGUGUUAUGCUAGUGAUUAUGUGAACGACCACAAGAAUGACACUGUGCUUGUCUCUCAUGGUGAAGGUAUUGUCACGCUAUGGAGAAACUCUAAUAACAGUUUCAUGGACCAAAUCUCUCGUGUAAAAGUGAACAAAAAUGCGUCUAUUGACGCUAUAAUUUCUACCAUGAACGCGGGAACUGAAGAUAUGAGGGACUCUGUUUGGUGUGGUGAUAGUGAAGGAUUGCUUCAUCGUGUGAACUACAAGAGGGGAAAAAUUGUCGAGUCUCGUGUUCAUUCUUCUCUGAUUGGGAAAUUGGGCGGCAUGGAUGAAGUAGGAAGCUUGGAAAUUGACUACGACUACAGAUUGAUCAGUGCAGGUAUGGAUAGCUUGAAAAUUUGGUCCGGUGAAACGGUUGAAAACCAGGAAAUGAACGAGGAUGAGAGCGAUAGUGAUGACGAGUCCGAUUCAGAUAUGUCUUCUGAUUUUGGCAGCGACAUUUCUGAGGAUGAUGAAGUCGAUGAUGUUGAGACAAAGGAAGAAUCGGGCAACGAAUCGGCAGGCGAAAAUGAAGAAGGCGAAGAGCAACCGCAGAUCGUCAGACGAAAACGCCAAGAUGUUCAGACAGCACUCAAGCCAAAGAAAAAAAUUAUUAAUAUCAACAAGCUAACGGCUCAAGAGAAAGAAGAAGAAGAAGAGGAGGAGGAGGAGAAGCAGCGGCCAAAAAAGAAAUUGAAGAAGGUGAAGGCAAAGGUCCCUCCAAACAAUGGCAUCGCCCGUUUCGAAGGAUUAUAG